AUGUACUGUCUUGACAGUAUUACAACAAAGUGGCAGUCGGAGGAAGUAGACAUCGUGCAGAAGAUUACUAAAUAUCAUUCUAGGUACUAUAACAUUGAUGGUCGCUACGACUUGAAGCAGUUCAUUCGUGAAAGUGAACCGACAGUACGUGUUCAAUACGCUUUCGCGGUAUUCACACCUGCACUGAUCGGACUGAUUAUAUUUACCGUUAUUGAGCUACAGAACGGUUUCGUUCAUUCGAUAUUUCGACUCGCAAGUAUCGUACAGUUGCUGCUGGCAAUCGGCCAACUUAUACUCGAAUUUUACGAGGUCUUUGUUCGAGGAAACUAA